CCCGGGGGUGAUUUGACAAGUUUGUUUGUUGAAGUUUGCUUGCACUGCAAAUCUUCGUAGGUUAUUCUUGCGGUAUUUUAGAGAGUUUUGCUUUAAUUAUAUUUGCACCAAAAUGUCGAACAUUAAUUUGCAAUGUCUGUUAGGAAUACAGUGUAAGGAUUUCGUUAUGAUAGCCGCUGAUCAGAGCAAUAGCCAUAGUAUUAUGGUCAUGAAAGACGAUGAGGAUAAGAUCCAUAAGAUUUCGGACAAACUUAUAAUGGGUGUGAUUGGCGACCAAGGCGACUCUACUCAGUUCGCCGAGUAUAUUGCUAAGAAUAUCCAGUUGUACAAAAUGCGCAACGGUUAUGAGCUUGGACCCACUGCUGCCGCUAAUUUCACACGUAGGAAUCUCGCCGAAUACUUGAGAAGCAGCACACCUUACUUUGUGAAUGUAUUGAUGGGAGGAUAUGAUAAAGAAAAUGGUCCAGAACUUUACUUCAUGGACUAUUUGGCAUCCAGUGUGAAAGUUCCCUUUGCCUGCCAUGGCUAUGGUGGAUACCUCAGUUUGAGUAUCAUGGACCGCUAUUACAAAGAAGAUGCUACUGAGGAAGAGGCAUAUGAAAUACUGAAGCUGUGUGUAAAAGAAGUCCACAGAAGACUUUUUGUCAGCCUGCCCAACUUCCAAGUGACUGUUGUCAAUAGAGAUGGCAUCAAAGUGUUGCCUGUUAUCAACUCUGAGUUACUGAAGUGAUUUCCCUAUAAUAAAGU